GAAACCGCGGAACACAAGUGCAGAGAGACGUUCUUCUGGUCGGACGUACUUAAGUGUUGCGACGGAUAUGUAACUUGCGUGUCCGCGCGACAUUGUAGAUCACUUUAUGCUUUUGCGAUGUACAGGAGAGUAAUUUUGUAUUUAUCCCACGGUCAACACCCUGUUGUUUUUUCUCAGGAUGCGUGUUUAUAUUCCCCACAAUGUAAUUCAGCAGCGACGCUUCGCAUUUUCAGAGCUGCUGCCCCUUGUGGAUACCGGGGCCUGAGCACUGGUCCUGUCUUGUGCAGUGAAAUCGAAGAUGAGUCCCCUCCUCCCAAGACAAAGGAGAAGGCGCAGGAGGAGAGAGCAGGGGAGAAGUCACCUCAGACAGGGAGGUCAGGGAAGGAGAAGCUGCUGGCUCUUCUCGGGGACAUGAAGGUGCAGGUGACCACCAAGAGGAGAGCCAGGCCAAUGGCGGCAGCCCCGGGCCCAGUGCAGAAGCAGCCGGAGCCGAGGCCUGGGGAGAUGGAGAGCACCAUCAGCAUGUUCCAGAAGGCCACAGCAGCGGGGGGCAAGAGGGACACCCUGAACCCAGUGCUGGUUGCGGCGGCGUCAGCGGCGGCUGCCUCCUUGGCCGACGGCAGCCGGGUGGAGUCAGAGCUCUUGCAGCAGCUGAGGAAGCAUGAAGCCGUAGUCCAGGUCCAGGCUGGCCAGAGGGCCGACGGACACACGCUUGGAAAUAUCAUCGCUAACAUGAGGGUGGGACGACGCGGACAUCUCAACCAGCAGGCUGCGCGACACGCUCUUGAUGAUGACGAGGAUGACGGUGCGGCACAGAGACACGCCCAGGCAAGGGGUAUGGGAGGUGGGCCGGAUGGAGAGAGGAAAAGGAGGAGCCAGCUCACAGGGAAGAGGCUGAACAUCUUCAGUAAGACGGUGGAGCAGGACGCCGUGGCCGCCCCCACCCUCACCCUGUGGGACCUGGAGCUCGCUAAUGCGAUCGCGGCGGCCCUGAAGGCACUGCCCCGGAACGGGUUCGAGGAGAUGAUCCAGUGGACGAAGGAGGGCAAGCUGUGGAGGUACCCCAUUGACAACGAGGCGGGCUUGGAGGAGGAGGCACACGUGCCCUUCCACGAGCACGUCUUCCUGGAGCGCCACCUUGAGGACGGCUUCCCUAAGCGGGGACCAGUGCGUCACUUCAUGGAGCUGGUAGUGUUGGGCCUGGCCAAGAACCCCUACCUUACGGUGAAUCAGAAGGUCCAGCACAUCGCCUGGUUCCGUGAUUACUUCCGGGCCAAAGAGGAAGUCCUGAGCGAGUCCGGGGCCUUGCAGAACUGAGUGCCGGUCCGCUGAUUGACUUGCCAGGAUGGAGGGUCCCAGGUCCAUGCCAGAGAUCUAUAGGAUAUACACGGAGGCACAGGAAUGGGUGCCUAAAAUCCUCAGCCUGACUAAGACCCAAGUAAUGAGCUCAUUCAGCAGAGUAAACAGACCAUCCAGCACUCAGAAGAGCCUCCUCCUGCUUCCAUUUGUGAUGUUUGUCGUAAUGGUCCCUCCCUCAAAAAUAUCUGCUCAGUAAUCUUUAACUAUAGAUGGGUGGAAUUAGGCUUGGAAAUCCAAAGAGAGAGAGAGAGAGAGAUUAUAAUACGCUGCCAAUCACUGCCCGGUUUAAAUCCCCGAAAGUAAAUAAAAUGCGUGCGAUACAUUAUACUGCCCCCUAGCGGGGUGGCCAAGUAACUUCAUCCCCGGAUUAGGUUUCGAAGCCGCGGAAACACGGAGGAAUAAAAUAUCGCUAGACUGAAUCAUGGGGAAAGUAGUGAGAGACAAGAAGCUUAAGAGCACUUUUGCAAUGUAUUACUGACACUUAAGUCUGAUUAGGAGGCGUUACAGUCUGUUUUGUAUUUGUUGCGUUGUCGGAGACUUGACGGUGACAGAAAUAUAUCGCUUCGAUCUUUCUAUGUGGAUGAGUGUUAUUCCCAGAUUAAAGUAAGUAUCUCCCAGUGCUUCACCUUGUAAUCCAAUAAAGGGCAGCAAGAACGAAUAAAUACGAAACGUACAAAGUA